AAUCCUUAAAAAAAAUAAAAAGGGAAGCGUGACGAGUAUGGAACUAGUUAACCUUUAACAAUUUAUGCUGAUGUCACACUGAGCAUGAGUACUGAUUAAUCCCCCCCCGAAAUAUUUUUAUGGGAGUGAGGAGGGGGGGGAAGAAUAAGGAGAAAGAGAAGGAAAAAAAAAAAAAAAAAGGCAGAAAAAAAAAAAAGAAAUAAUUUACCGCAGCCAUCUUUGUUUUAUGCAGAAAAAUCUCCGGCUUCGGGUCCCCCCCGGCUGGGGCCACACAAAUAUUUGUCCCUCGCCGAGCCGGGAUCUGCGGGAGGGGGAAAAGCAAAAAAAUAUCAUUACUGAGGCCCCAAAAGCGAGCAAAAAUACCCUAAAAUGAGCAGGAUGAGGAUUAUUCGCCUGCUCGGGCUGUAGCGGCGAAGGCUGGGGGGGGUGGGGUGGGGGGAGCUUUGGGAUUUAUUAUUUUUGAGGCGUUUUUUGAUUUUUUUGGGGUUUUUAAGGAUUUUUCGUGGGUUUUGUUUUUAAUUUUUUUUUUAAUUUUUACCUGGCGCGGGUGAUUUUUAAGGUUUUUUGGCGCUUUUUUUUUAUGUUGAUUUUUACCCUUUUUCAGCCCUUUCUAUUUUUUGUUUAUUUUUAACCUUUUUUUUCAUUCCCUUCCCUUUUUAAAUAUUAAUGUUUAUUUUUUGACUCUCCUCCUUUGCCAUAUCAAUUUUAAGCUUGACCCCCCCCUUUUUCUUCCCGUUCCUUCCCCAUUUUAAAUUUUCAUGUCAAUUUUUACCCCUUUUUGCCUCUCCUUCCUCCCCUUUUCCAUCUUUCCACCCCAUUUUUUCAUUUCACCGUUCCUUUCCCCUCCAAUUUAACUCCUUUUCAAUUCUCCCCUUUAUUUCCUUCAUUCUCUCCCUCAACGCUUCCCUUUCCUCCUUUUUUUUUUUAAAUAUUAAUUUUAAUUUUUUUUUCCUCCUUAAUUCCCCUCCCCCUUUCGCGGGUCGGGUUUUGUCGCUUUUUUGUGUGUUUUUGAAGCUUUUUUCGCUUCUUUUUCACCCUCCUUCCUCCCCUAAGGUGCGUGUGGGGCAACUUUAAAAAAAAACCCUCAUUCGGCCAUUUUGCGCUUUUUUUUUCCCCUCAAGAAGGUGGGGGGGGCACCACCCCCCCAUUUUCCCUCAUUUUUAACCCCUCCCUCCUCCAUAUUUUUUUACGCCUUUCCCCCCUUCCCCCCCCCCUUUACCGGGGUGUGUUUUUUAUUAUUAUUAUAUAUUUUUUUCCUCCUUUUUUUUUUUUUUUUGUGUGUGUGUGUGUUGGGGGGGGGUUUAUUUUAAAAUUACACCCGGGGCGGCCAUUUUCGCUGCCGGCGCCGUCCCGCCGCCCGCCGCCUCCCGCGCCCUGAGGCGAUUUUAACCGAUCCGGGCGUUUUUCAACCCAUCGCCGCCGCCCCCCCCGCGCCCCCCGCGCGGCCCCGCCGGGCCCGGCCCGGGGGGGGUCGCCCCGUCCCGCCCCCUCCCCACUUUCCCCUCACACCGAGCCCCCCCACCCUCAGCGGCGGGGGCGGUUUGGGGCGGUGGGAGCGGCGCACGCCGAGGGUCCCCCCGGCCCCCCGCCCCUCACCCGGCCAUGGCGUCCCCGCUGAGGGAGGACGAGGAGGAGGAGGAGGAGAUGGCGGUGUCCGAGGGGGACGAGGAGGACGACGACGAGGAGGACGACGAGGAAGAGGAGGAGGAAGACGCCGCCGCCGCCGCCGCAGCCGCGCUCUUGGCCGGCCACCGAGGGCCCCCCGACAUCUUCGCCGGGCCGGCCCCGGCCCCGCUCCCGCCGCCGCCGCCGCCGCCGCCCGCGCCCGCCGCGCCCGGGCCGCCGGAGGCGCCCGCAGAUGGUGACGAGGAUCUGCUGCGGGGCCUCGAGGGGGCCCUGGGGGUGAAGAAGAAGAAAAGGGGCCCCCGGAAACAGAAGGAAAACAAACCCGGGAAACCCCGGAAACGGAAAAAACUGGUGAGCGAGGAUGAGCUGGAGUCCGAGAGGGAUGAGUACCCCCGCGAGGAGUACCGGGAGAAGUCGGAGAGCGGCGGCAGCGACUCGGGCGGCGCGGCGCGCAAGCGGCGGCGGAAGCACCGCGAGAAGAAGGAGAAGAAAACCAAGAGGAGGAAAAAGGCUGACGAUGAGGGGGGGCAGAAGGUCAAGGCGGUGGAGCAGAAAUCCUCGGCGCAGCUCCUGGGGGCCUGGGGGCUGGAGGACGUGGACCACGUGUUCACCGAGGAGGAUUAUCACACCCUCACCAACUACAAGGCCUUCAGCCAGUUCAUGAGGCCCCUGAUCGCCAAGAAGAACCCCAAGAUCCCCAUGUCCAAGAUGAUGACCAUCCUGGGGGCCAAGUGGCGCGAGUUCAGCGCCAACAACCCCUUCAAGGGCUCGGCGGCGGCCGUGGCCGCGGCUGCAGCGGCCGCAGCGGCCGCCGUGGCCGAGCAGGUGUCGGCCGCCGUGGCCGCCGUGGCCCCCGAGGCGCCGCCGCCGCCCCUGCGCAAGGCCAAGACCAAGGAGGGCAAAGGCCCCGGGCACAAGAAGCGCAGCAAGAGCCCGCGGGUGCCUGAGCUGAAGAGGAAGAUGAAGGGCAGGAAGAUGGCGCCGCUCAAGAUCAAACUGGGAGUACUGGGAGGCAAACGCAAGAAGAGCAGCUCGAGCGAGGACGCGGGCGAGGCCGAGGAGGAGUCUGACGCCGAGAGCCCCGGGGGGGCUCUGGGGGCCGCGCCCCGCCCCGACCCCAGCGCGCGCCUCAAGAAGCUCAAGCGGGGCCGCCCCGGCCGCAAGAAGAAGAAGGGGCCUGGCCCCGAGGAGGAGGGCGAUGGCUACGAGACCGACCACCAGGACUACUGCGAGGUGUGCCAGCAGGGCGGGGAGAUCAUCCUGUGCGACACGUGCCCGCGCGCCUACCACCUGGUGUGCCUGGACCCCGAGCUGGACCGCGCGCCCGAGGGCCGCUGGAGCUGCCCCCACUGCGAGAAGGAGGGCGUGCAGUGGGAGGCCAAGGAGGAGGAGGAGGAGGAGGAGGAGGAGGAGGAGGAGGGCGAGAAGGAGGAGGAAGACGACCACAUGGAGUACUGCCGCGUGUGCAAGGACGGCGGCGAGCUGCUGUGCUGCGACGCCUGCGUGUCCUCGUACCACAUCCACUGCCUGAACCCGCCGCUGCCCGAGGUCCCCAACGGAGAGUGGCUCUGUCCCCGCUGCACGUGCCCGGUGCUGAAGGGCCGCGUGCAGAAGAUCCUCUACUGGCGCUGGGGGGAGCCCCCCGCCCCCGUGGCCGCCCCCGGGGCCCCCCAGGCGCAGGAGGGGCCCCCCCAGGCCCUGCAGGGCCGCUCCGAGCGCGAGUUCUUCGUCAAGUGGGUGGGGCUGUCCUACUGGCACUGCUCCUGGAUCAAGGAGCUCCAGCUGGAGAUCUUCCACCUGGUGAUGUACCGGAACUACCAGCGCAAGAACGACAUGGACGAGCCCCCUCCCCUGGACUACGGCUCGGGGGACGACGACCCCAAGAGCGAGAAGCGGGGGGCCGGGGGGGACCCCCUCUUCGGGGGCAUGGAGGAGCGCUUCUACCGCUACGGCAUCAAGCCCGAGUGGAUGACGGUGCACCGCAUCAUCAACCACAGCGUGGACCGGAAGGGGCAGUACCACUACCUGGUGAAGUGGCGGGACCUGCCCUACGACCAGGCCACCUGGGAGGAGGACGAGAUGCCCAUCCCCGACUACGACCUGCACAAGCUGGCCUACUGGAAGCACCGGGAGGUGUUCAUGGGCGAGGACCCGGCCCAGCCGCGCCGCUACAAGAAGAAGAAGAAGGAGACGCCGGGGGAGGGGCCCCCCGACUCGCCCACCAACGACCCCACGGUGAAGUACGAGACGCAGCCGCGCUUCAUCACGGCCACGGGCGGCACGCUGCACCUCUACCAGCUGGAGGGGCUCAACUGGCUGCGCUUCUCGUGGGCGCAGAGCACCGACACCAUCCUGGCCGACGAGAUGGGGCUGGGCAAGACCAUCCAGACCAUCGUCUUCCUCUACUCGCUCUACAAGGAGGGCCACACCAAGGGCCCGUUCCUCGUCAGCGCGCCGCUCUCCACCAUCAUCAACUGGGAGCGCGAGUUCCAGAUGUGGGCCCCGGCCUUCUACGUGGUCACCUACACCGGGGACAAGGACAGCCGCGCCAUCAUCCGCGAGAACGAGUUCUCCUUCGACGACACCGCCAUGAAGGGCGGCAAGAAGGCCUUCAAGAUGAAGCGCGAGGCCCAGGUGAAGUUCCACGUGCUGCUCACGUCCUACGAGCUGAUCACCAUCGACCAGGCGGCGCUGGGCUCCAUCCGCUGGGCCUGCCUGGUGGUGGACGAGGCCCACCGCCUCAAGAACAACCAGUCCAAGUUUUUCCGGGUGCUCAACGGGUACAAGAUCGAGCACAAGCUGCUGCUGACGGGGACCCCGCUGCAGAACAACCUGGAGGAGCUCUUCCACCUGCUCAACUUCCUCACGCCCGAGCGCUUCAAUAACCUGGAGGGCUUCCUGGAGGAGUUUGCCGACAUCUCCAAGGAGGACCAGAUCAAGAAGCUGCACGACCUGCUGGGCCCCCACAUGCUGCGGCGCCUCAAGGCCGACGUCUUCAAGAACAUGCCGGCCAAGACGGAGCUGAUCGUGCGCGUGGAGCUCAGCCCCAUGCAGAAGAAGUACUACAAGUACAUCCUGACGAGGAACUUCGAGGCACUGAACUCGCGGGGCGGCGGCAACCAGGUGUCGCUGCUCAACAUCAUGAUGGACCUCAAGAAGUGCUGCAACCACCCGUACCUGUUCCCCGUGGCGGCCAUGGAGUCCCCGAAGCUGCCGAGCGGCGCCUACGAGGGCGGGGCCCUGAUCAAGGCCUCGGGGAAGCUGCUGCUGCUGCAGAAGAUGCUGCGCAAGCUGAAGGAGCAGAACCACAGGGUGCUCAUCUUCUCCCAGAUGACGAAGAUGCUGGACCUGCUGGAGGAUUUCCUGGACUACGAGGGCUACAAGUACGAGCGCAUCGACGGCGGCAUCACCGGGGCGCUGCGGCAGGAGGCCAUCGACCGCUUCAACGCGCCGGGGGCGCAGCAGUUCUGUUUCCUGCUGUCGACGCGGGCCGGGGGCCUUGGCAUCAACCUGGCAACGGCUGACACCGUGGUCAUCUUUGACUCGGACUGGAACCCCCACAACGACAUCCAGGCCUUCAGCCGCGCGCACCGCAUCGGCCAGGCCAACAAGGUGAUGAUUUACCGCUUCGUGACGCGGGCCUCGGUGGAGGAGCGGAUCACGCAGGUGGCCAAGCGCAAGAUGAUGCUGACGCACCUGGUGGUGCGCCCGGGGCUGGGCUCCAAGGCCGGCUCCAUGUCCAAGCAGGAGCUCGACGACAUCCUCAAGUUCGGCACCGAGGAGCUCUUCAAGGACGAGAACGAGGGGGACAACAAGGAGGAGGACAGCAGCGUCAUCCACUACGACAACGAGGCCAUCGCGCGGCUGCUGGACCGCAACCAGGACGCCACCGACGACGCCGACGUGCAGAACAUGAACGAGUACCUGAGCUCCUUCAAGGUGGCCCAGUACGUCGUCAGGGAGGAGGACAAGAUCGAGGAGAUCGAGCGGGAGAUCAUCAAGCAGGAGGAGAACGUGGACCCCGACUACUGGGAGAAGCUGCUGCGGCACCACUACGAGCAGCAGCAGGAGGACCUGGCCCGCAACCUGGGCAAGGGCAAGCGCGUGCGCAAGCAGGUCAACUACAACGACGCCGCCCAGGAGGACCAAGACAACCAGUCCGAGUACUCGGUGGGCUCCGAGGAGGAGGACGAGGACUUCGACGAGCGGCCCGAGGGCCGGCGCCAGUCCAAGCGGCAGCUGCGGAACGAGAAGGACAAACCCCUCCCCCCACUGCUGGCCCGGGUGGGCGGCAACAUCGAGGUGCUGGGGUUCAACACGAGGCAGCGCAAGGCCUUCCUGAACGCCGUCAUGCGCUGGGGGAUGCCCCCCCAGGACGCCUUCACGUCGCAGUGGCUCGUGCGGGACCUGCGGGGCAAAACCGAGAAGGAGUUCAAGGCCUACGUGUCCCUGUUCAUGCGCCACCUGUGCGAGCCGGGCGCCGACGGCUCCGAGACGUUCGCGGACGGCGUCCCCCGCGAGGGGCUGUCCCGGCAGCAGGUGCUCACCCGCAUCGGCGUCAUGUCCCUCGUCAAGAAAAAGGUGCAGGAGUUCGAGCACAUCAACGGGCGCUGGUCCCUGCCCGAGCUGGCCCCCGAGCCCAGCGCCGACUCCAAGCGCUCGUCCCGCGCCUCCUCCCCCGCCAAGACCGGCCCCCCCAGCCCCGAGCAGAGCGGCCCCCCCAGCCCCGCGCCCCCCACGCCCGCCACGCCGGCGCCCAGCGAGCGCGGGGACGGGCCGGGGCCACCCCCGGACAGGGACGAGGGUGACACCAGGGACGAGAAGGAACCCAAAGGCCCCGAGAAGAUGGAGACAGAUCCCCCUGUCCCCGAGGUGCCACCAUCGCCGGGCGAGGGCAGCGAGGCCGAGGGGCCCCGCAAGGGGGACGAGGAGGAGGGGCCCGGCCACAGGGACCCCGAGGCCGAGGGGACCCCGGCCCGCGAGGAGCGGCCAGGCGCGGAGGCCGAGAAGGCGCCGGGGCUGGACAAGGGGGACGAGAAGGCCCCGGAGGAGGAGCCCAAGGAGCCCAAGGGGGACCCCGACCCAAAAAGAGAGGAGGCCAAGGCCGAGCGGGAGCCCCGGGCGGAGCCGCGGCCGAACGGGCGCCGCGAGGAGAGAGCCGAGAAACCGCGGUUCAUGUUCAACAUCGCCGACGGCGGCUUCACCGAGCUGCACACGCUGUGGCAGAACGAGGAGCGCGCCGCCAUCUCCUCGGGGAAGCUCAACGAGAUCUGGCACCGGCGCCACGACUACUGGCUGCUGGCCGGCAUCGUCCUCCACGGCUACGCGCGCUGGACCGACAUCCAGAACGACGGCGCCUUCGGGGUCAUCAACGAACCCUUCAAGGGCGAGGCCUCCAAGGGCAACUUCCUGGAGAUGAAGAACAAGUUCCUGGCGCGCCGCUUCAAGCUGCUGGAGCAGGCGCUGGUGAUCGAGGAGCAGCUGCGCCGCGCCGCCUACCUGAACAUGACGCAGGACCCCAGCCACCCCGCCAUGGCCCUGAACACGCGCUUCGCCGAGGUCGAGUGCCUGGCCGAGAGCCACCAGCACUUGUCCAAGGAGUCGCUGGCGGGCAACAAGCCGGCCAACGCCGUGCUGCACAAGGUGCUGAACCAGCUGGAGGAGCUGCUGAGCGACAUGAAGGCGGACGUGACGCGCCUGCCGGCCACGCUGUCCCGCAUCCCGCCCAUCGCCGCGCGCCUGCAGAUGUCCGAGCGCAGCAUCCUGAGCCGCCUGGCCAGCAAGGGCACCGAGAGCCACCCUCCUCCUAGCUUCCCGCCCGGGCCCUACGCCACCCCCCCGAGCUUCGGGGGCUCCUUCGGGACCCCCCCGGGCGGGGCCCUCCCCCACCCCGGGGGCGCCAACUACAGCCAGAUGCCCCCGGGCUCCUUCAUCGCCGCCUCGAACGGCCCCGCGGUGCUGGUGAAGCGCGAGGCCGAGGCGCUGGAGCGGAAGGAGCCGCGGGGGGGGGAGGUGAUUUGCAUCGACGACUGAGGGGGCGGGGCCUGCCGGGGCCCCUCCCCCUCCCUCCCCUCCCCUCCCCCCCCAUCCCCCGGCGGGGGGAGGGGCGGGCGAGGCGCGCGCAGUUCUAUAAAUAGCCGCGGUGGGGGAGGGGCGGGGGGCGCUGCCGGCCCCUCCCCCCCCCCGUGCUGAGGCGCGGAAUAAACCCGGCUGAGACCCCGC